CCGCAGUCAUUUCACAGUCAGAAUUACUUGUACAUGGAUUUAUGCUGCGUGAAAGAUAGAAGACUAUGCGGAUGCGGAAGACAUUUGAUAGUUUAUGGGAGUGGAGGAUUGCUUGGUGGAAAAGGCUUUUGCCUUGGGGAGAUUGGUACUGAAUUAGACAGUGAAACAUCCACAGGGAAGAUACAUCUGGCCAGUUCUUACUGAAACUGCUCAAGAGGACUGGUUGAUUUCUAGAAGCCAAGGCCUGAAGAAGUAGAGGAGAGGGAGAAGCAACGCAGUACAAGAAAAACAAAAACAAAGGCAGGGCAGGUCAUGUAAGGGAGUAUUCUGAAAAUGUGGGAAGCAAGGAGAUAGUCAGCAGAAGAAAAAAAUACUGUUAAGGUUAAAAUUAGUCCAUCUGAUAGUCUGUGCCCCAGUGAUGGCAGAAAAGGGCCUUGCAAAAUUUGUGGAGCACGUAUGUCACUGUGUAGUCUUCUGACUUAUUAGUGGUCCUUGACUGUGCUUCCUACCUGCAAGAGGCCUUGGACCUUUUGGAUGUGGCCUCCAUCUAUGUUUCCCUGACCAGAAAUACCCUGAGAAUGUAUUACAGCCAUCUUCCACCAUCACCUGAAACGGCAAUUUUUACUGACAGCAUGUCUCUAGAACAAACAGCAUGUGAAGAUUUAAAAGCCUUUGAGCGACGAUUGACAGAAGUCAUUGCUAGACUACAGCCGGCUACCACAAGAUGGAGAAUGGUUCUAGUGAUAAUGGCAGCAAGCACAGCCCUGGGGGCAUACCUCUGGCUCACAGAUCCCAUCACACAAGAGGUGACGUUCGUUCAGUCGCUCCUCAAUCACCUCUUCUUCACUUUUGCUGCCAUUACUCUAAUCUUGCUCUUUAUGAUGGGCAUCCACAAGAAAGUGGUUUCACCUUCAAUAAUCACAUCUCGAACACGCACUGUCCUUUCUGACUUCAACAUGUCCUGUGAUGACACCGGUAAGCUUAUUCUGAAACCAAGACCUACGACCACAUGAGAGUAUUAGUUCUUAGGAGAUUUGUGUAUAAAUAUGUGACUGUUACUUAUGCCAAUAUGUAUAUUUUGUCUCAACCUGCAUUUAACCCAUUAUUGCUGGGAUAGCAUGUACAAUCGUGCUAUGUCCAUUGUGAUUUUAGUUUAGCAAUUUUGUUUUCACAUAGCUUGCUUGACAACAGCUUAGUCACCAAGGAAUCAAGGAGUUCUACCUGUUUCAUCUACUUAACUUUUCCUUGCAUUUCAGGAUUUUUUUUUUUUUUAUUGUAAUUUUUUAAUGAUAUAAUAAUCAUACUAAUGACAAAAAAAUAUAAAUAUUGGUUGCAUUAGAAAAAAAAAAAUCUGAAAAUUCAAGGAAUGGGGAAAUCAGGUGAGGUUACGUAGGGCCUUCUAAUUGACUUCUUGGUGACUGAACACUAACUUAGCCAUUUGUGUGUAGACAAAAUUCACAAAAGAAAAUUGCAAUUGAUAGUGCAAUCACCCAGUGGUAAUGGGUUAAUAUGUAUGAGUACAAAAAUACACCACAAUUAUCAUCCAGUCUUGAAACUGCAGAAGUGUGCAUAUAUGACAUUUAUUUAAGUUAAAACUGAUAACAAGGGAUUUGUUUGUGCUGCCGAGUUCAUUCUUAUGGUAGGAAGGCAAGUAAAGAGAAAUGCUGGAGUAUACAAAUUGAUAGGCAGGAGGUCAAUGUUACUGCCUGUUUUUAUUCUCUGUGUUUAUAGGCAUAUCAAUUCAGUUGAUUCUUGUCAGAUUUUCUCAAAGCUGCAGUUUUAGUGAUUCAUAGGUUCAUGCUUUAUCUCAUGAAAGCAAUAUCUAGUAUUAGUUCCAUAUGAUAGGUAAUGAUGCUAUAAAUACAAAUUUGUUGCUCCUGUUUGCUCUCUGUUGUUUAAGCUGCAAGGUGUUUCUUAUAGCUUUAUGCUCAUAAUUUAUUGAAAAUUAUCCAGAUAGGAAAAUGAAACUUGUGGAUUUCGAUUGACAAAACCUACCUGUUUGCUUCUGAUUUUAAACCUUGUCUGUGAGAAGUAGCACCUGAUAUUCCAAAUGACUAUCCAGUCGAGUUUCGGUUCCAGAAUAGCCAAUUUGAUUGAAAAAAAUUGAUUUGUUAUGAAUUUUAGUAUUUGUCAAUACAGAUUGAUAGAACAUGAAAUACUCUAAUAAAAUAUUUUUUUUAUAUAUAUUGUAGUUAUAACAUUAUGAAAAUAAAUGUACAUUGUAUGAAAA